GAAAAGACGGCUUAAGAAUUUGCGAGCGUACGAUUGAGCGGUUCUUGUGUUAUGUUUGUAAUUGGAUUGUGAAAAGAAUUGUUCCGACAUUUAAUCCUUAAACUACCAUGUUUCCUCGAUUUAAAAAUGCUGUUUUCACUUUUAAUAUUUUUUAAAUCUGUGCGUUUCUCUCUCCCUCCCUCCUUGAAACCACUCACAAAAUCAGGGGUGCCAGCUACAGUAGAUGGAAAAAAUAAGAUAACUUUUUGUGCUGAGUGUGUGGAUGGUAUGAGAUGAUGCAGCAAGGUGAAUUGCGAAUGAUUGAUAGUAAGGAGUAAGUGGAUUCUUGGAAUAUAAGAGAGAACUUCACUGUGCAAAUACAAGGUCUCUGCAAAGACAUGAAAUUCAACAACUUUGUAUCGAAGAGUACUGUGUAAUGUGGUCUCCCCCCCCCCCCAAUUUAAGUGGUUGUCAUGUAGGAGCCCAAAGAAACAUUUAAUUCCAGAAAUGUUGACAGUUCAGUGAUUGAGUGGCUGCUUGCUGUCUAGAUUUACAUUGAAAAUGAACAUCCAGUUAUUUUAGCUGAGUGACUUAUCCCAGCAGCAACAGCUAAGACAAUUUGAGGGAGUCUUGAAGGUUUCCAAGAUGUCUCUUCUGUCAGCUUUUCUGACUACACUUUUAUAUGUACUACUUAUCUGCCCUGUCCAUUCUUAUCAGAUGUUGUCUUGAUGAUGGGUUGGAGCUCUACCACCAUGUCUCCAUGCAAUGAUGCUUUGGCAGAAGUAAGACAGCAGAAUUAGUCACGGAAUAAAUGGAAAUAUUUCAUGCAAAUGGUUAGCCCUUUUAAAUCGUGCGGUCGAAAUGAACGUACUUAUGACGAUCGACAUCUGGACAUGGACUUUUGAACUUCUGAAGGAAACAUCUGAAGAAGCAGAGAGCGUAUAUACGGGUUUUUCGUGUGUUACGAUUGUAGUGGGAUCGUGGAAUGAAUGCAAUAAGAUGAAACAGCAAGGUGAAUUGCGAGAGAUUACCGAAAUGUUGACAGUUCAGUGAUUGAGCAGCUGCUUGCUGUCUAGGUCGACAUUGUAAAAUGAACAGCCACAGUUUUACUUUAGCUGAGCGACUUAUCCCAGCAACCUACCUGCAGCAGGCAGCAGCAGCAAAGAAAACUCGAGAGAGUCUUAUACGACAGCUUAUAGAACAGAGAAAAUGGCCAGAGGAAGGCUGGGAUGACACAACAGUUGAACUGUUUCUAGCUGAUCUGUCUCAAAUGGACAGCAAUAACUUCCCCGGAAACUGUGGUAUAGGCGAAAGAGAAGCAAGAAUUGCAUCUGCCCUGGUUGCAAGACGUCACUAUAGGAUCGGACAUGGAAUUGGCCGGUCAGGAGAUCUGGGGGAGGUACAGCCAAAAGCAGCUGGUUCUAGUCUUAUGAACAAACUCACAAACUCGUUGGUGCUUGAUGUCAUUCGCUUCAUGGGUGUGAAGACAUCUGCAGGAUGCUUCGUUGUUCCCAUGGCUACCGGAAUGAGCCUGGUGCUUUGUAUGUUAACGCUGAAACAGGAUCGACCAGAUGCAAAGUUUGUUUUGUGGUCUAGGAUUGACCAAAAAGCAUGUUUCAAAUGUAUCAUUACUGCAGGUCUUCAGCCAAUCAUCAUUGAAACCGUCAUGUGCGGUGAUGAGCUUCGGACAGACCUCACAGCAAUGGAACAUCAAAUGGCAACACUGGGAGCUGAGAACAUUGCUUGUGUUCUUACCACCACCAGUUGUUUUGCUCCCAGGGCUAGUGAUUCAGUGGAGCAAGUAGCAGUUCUUUGUAGUAGGUACAACAUUCCUCACGUUAUCAACAACGCGUAUGGACUCCAGAGUUCUCGUUGUAUGCAUCUUAUUCAGGAGGCUGCCAGGAAAGGAAGAGUAGAUGCCUUUGUACAGAGCACAGAUAAGAACUUUCUAGUACCUGUGGGAGGUGCAGUUAUUGCUGGGUUUGACAAAGGUCUUGUGGAACGAAUAUCUAGGAUGUAUCCAGGUCGAGCUUCGUCCAGCCCGGCUAUGGAUGUUUUUAUAACACUUCUCUCGCUUGGAGUGAACGGAUACAAGAAUCUCAUCACUCAACGGAAAGAGAUGUACAUCUACCUCAAAGAGGAACUCACCAAAGUUGCCCUUAAACAUGGGGAAAGACUUCUAGAAACUAAGAACAAUCCAAUAUCAUUGGGCAUGACACUUUCUUCUCUAGCUGGUUCUGACAGCAAAACGGUGACCAUGCUUGGCUCAAUGCUCUUUCUGCGUUGUGUCUCUGGAACACGAGUGGUUACUGGAGCAGACCUUAAAGAAGUAGCAGGAUAUAAAUUUGAAGGCUGGGGUGCUCAUAACAGUAGCUACCCCGUACCAUACCUCACAGCAGCAGCUGCCCUUGGAAUGCGUAAGUCGGACGUAGAUCUGUUCUCGCAUCGUCUGGACAAGGUACUGAGCAAGUUAAAGGGACGAAGUGCUCCCCCCACACCUACCUUGGUGGAGGAGCUGGCGGUCAUGCGACGAGCGAUGCGAGGUAGUGGUGGAGGUGGCUCUAGCACUCUUAAUGGCGAGGGUGGUAGUGGCAGUGGCAGUGGUGGAGAACAGCACAGCCAGAGCAGCGCUAGUACUUCGCUAGCCAGCAGCAAGGACAGUCUGCAUGAACUAUCGGCGAACACCACUUUAAUCGUGUUCAGGCAUUUGAUUACGUUGCCCAAGAAUUAAGUACCAUCAGCUUUUGUUGCGAGUUUUUUGUUACUUCUGUGAUUAAAAAAAUCUCUAAAUAAAUAGUAUCGUGAUCUGGUACUUUUAAUAGACUUUUAUGUCUUACGAUAACGACGGUGAUUUGGGCUUCUUACAGACUUCUACAGAAUUUUCUUUUGUAAUGUUUGCUGGUCUGAUCAGGAUGAUAACACUUGCUCAUUCUUAUAUUAACUUAGUGACUCUCACGUUACGUUGAAAGUUCCUUGGUCGACUUUCGUCGUCUUUUGAUCCACAAUUUUUUUUGCAAUCGUGAUCAGUUUCGUGAUGUUACCUACUUUAAUUUCUUGCUAACCGGGAAUCACAACAAAAUGUUAAGCUAUUCAAAAUAUCGCAAGAUAUUGUAUUGCAGUACAUUAGAUUUGUCAUCUACAAACGUGAGCGAAAUUCAGAGAGUACGAGCAAUACUGGAAUAUUUUUGUUGUAUGAUUGGCAGCACUACUGAGGCGUGAUCAUACUUUUUCUCAAAGUCGGACUGUGGCACACUGUGAGUGGUUCAGUUGUCCAUCUGUUUCGAGUGAGUGUGGCAUAAAGAUGGUCGCAUUAAUGCCGAGCCUUGCAUGUUUCCACAUUAGUCACCCUACAGUUUUUUGGGAAUCAUUCCUCGUGUGUACUCUGUAUUUUGUUUGUUAGUGGACGUGGUUAGGUGUCCUGACCUGUCUGCAUCAACAACCCUGGUUCAGCUGCUUUUAAACAUCUCGGUCUACU